UUCUCCUCCUCACUCGCCUUCUCGUCUUUUUUGUUUUGGACCCGAUCCACAUUCUCCUCCAAAUCACCAUUUCCUUUCCUUUCCUCCUCUGUCUGCUUCCAAUCCUACUCCUAGUUUUUCCUUCUCUUCUUCCAAGUUUCUUCUCUUUUUCUAUCACAUACAGAGAGAUGAAAAGAGAGUAAUAAAUAAAGAAAGAUAAAAGAAAGAACGGUGGAGCUCAUUUUCAGUGUGUAUUUGCACAGGUUAUAAUGGCGAAGGAUUUCAAUGGAUCACCCAAGUACCAUCAUCUGGAAUCGAAGCGGAGGCGUCUCACUUGGAUUUUAGGUGUCAGUGGACUCUGCGUUCUCUUCUACGUAUUGGGGGCCUGGCAAACCAAUAGCCCUUCCACAACGAACCGCUCGGAGGUCAUCACCAAAGUUGGGUGUGAUCCUUCGACAACAGGCAAAACACCUGCUACCACUCUGCCCUCGUCGUCAGCAUCCCUCGACUUUGAAGCUCAUCAUCAAGUGAUCAUCAACAAUUCCGUUGGUGGGUCUGAAAAAUUCCCCCCUUGUGACAUGAGCUUCAGCGAGUCUACUCCUUGUCAAGAUCCAGUUCGAGGCAGGAAGUUUGACAGGGAGAAGCUGGCAUAUAGAGAGCGGCAUUGUCCCACCAAGGAGGAGCUUCUAAAGUGCCUGAUCCCGGCCCCACCAAAGUAUAAGAACCCUUUCAAGUGGCCUCAAAGCCGGGAUUAUGCAUGGUAUGAUAACAUCCCUCAUCGGGAGCUCAGCAUCGAGAAGGCUGUUCAGAACUGGAUCCAAGUCGAGGGAGAUAGGUUUCGUUUCCCCGGGGGAGGUACCAUGUUCCCCAGAGGAGCUGAUGCUUAUAUCGACGACAUCAAUGAGCUGAUUCCAUUAACCUCUGGCAGGAUUAGGACGGCGAUCGAUACAGGCUGUGGAGUGGCAAGCUGGGGUGCUUUUCUACUAAAGAGAGACAUCUUAACAAUGUCGUUUGCUCCGAGGGAUACACACGAAGCGCAGGUAUGGUUUGCAUUGGAGCGUGGAGUUCCAGCCAUGAUCGGUAUAAUGGCUACUCAACGACUACCUUAUCCUGCAAGGUCUUUCGAUAUGGCCCACUGUUCUCGCUGUUUGAUCCCUUGGAAAGAUUAUGAUGGGCUGUAUCUGAUUGAAGUAGACAGAGUUCUAAGGCCAGGAGGCUAUUGGAUUCUCUCUGGCCCCCCAAUCCGUUGGAAGAAAUACUACCAGGGUUGGGAGAGAACCCAAGAAGAUCUGAAACAAGAACAAGAUGGAAUUGAGGAUGUCGCCAGGCGCCUGUGCUGGAAAAAGGUUGUUGAGAAGGACGAUCUCUCAAUUUGGCAGAAGCCCAUCAACCAUCUUGAGUGCGCGAAAACCAAAGAACUUUAUAAAAUGCCCCAUAUCUGCAAAGGCGACAAUUCAGAUGCAGCCUGGUACUUUAAGCUGGAAACAUGCAUAACGCCGCUACCGGCAGUAAGCAGCUCGAGUGAGGUUGCAGGUGGGGAAUUGGAGAAGUGGCCCAAACGAGCAUUCGCCAUCCCACCCAGAAUAAGCAGCGGCUCCAUCCCUGGAAUCACCGCCGAGAAAUUCCAAGAGGAUAACGACCUAUGGAAGGAGCGACUUGCACACUACAGGAGAAUCAUCCCUCCUCUUUCCCAAGGACGGUACCGGAACAUAAUGGACAUGAAUGCCGAGAUGGGAGGAUUUGCAGCAGCGCUAGUCGAAUAUCCGGCAUGGGUCAUGAAUGUGGUCCCAUCUGAUUCAAAGUACGAUACUCUCGGCCUGAUCUAUGAGCGUGGAUUCAUCGGGACGUACCAGGACUGGUGCGAGGCCUUCUCGACGUAUCCAAGAACAUAUGAUCUCAUCCAUGCGAGCGGGGUAUUCACCAUCUACCAGGACAGGUGUGACAUCACAUACAUUCUGUUGGAGAUGGAUAGGAUUCUGAGGCCAGAAGGGACAGUCAUAUUCAGGGACACAGUGGAAGUUCUUGUGAAGAUUCAGAGCAUUACAGAAAGGAUGAGAUGGAAGAGCCAGAUCAUGGAUCAUGAAAGUGGGCCAUUCAACCCUGAGAAGAUCCUUGUUGCUGUGAAAACAUACUGGACUGGUGAAGCCACACCACAACAGUAACCAAAAAAAGAAAAACUGAUGAAACUGCCUUCAUGGUAUUCUUUUGUUUUUCUUUUUAUGACAGAUGAUUCUAAGUUAUUCUGUCAGUAGCGUUUAAAAUCCGAAUGCUUUUGUUUUGUUUUUUUCCAUCUUCUGUUGUAUUAGAGCUGUUCUAUUAUCAUUCUUUGAAAAAGAAAAAGAAAAAACAGUAAAUAGAAUCUUUUCUUCUUCUUUUUC